GUGUGUGUGUGGGUGUGGAACGAGCAACCGACAGCGCUGUUUAUUGAAGGGAAUCCAGCCCAUAUAUUUAGUGUAGCCGCUGAGAAAAAAAAAUCUCUUCAAUAUCCCCCAAGAUGGCCGCCGAUGUGGGAUCGAUGUUUCAAUAUUGGAAGAAAUUUGAUCUGCGACGGCUUCAGAGGGAGCUGGACUCAGUGGCUUCGGAGCUGGCAGGCCGACAGGAGGAGAGUGACCAUUCCCAUAAGCACCUGGUGGAACUGAGCCGGGAGUUCAGGAGAAAUGUCCCUGAGGAGGUACGGGAGAUGGUGAGCCCCGUGCUAAAGAGCUUCCAGGCCCAGGUGGUAGCACUUAAUAAACGGAGCAAAGAGGCAGAGUCAGCCUUCCUUGGAGUCUACAAACAGCUGAUUGAAGCCCCAGAUCCCGCCCUCCUUCUAGAGGCCACGCACACCCUGGAGGAGAAGCUGCAGCCGCUGCAGAGCUCCGGGGCCGCUGCCCACCCGCUGCUCCGGGAGCUGGGCAGGCACCGCAAAGGUCAACUAGAGGCCCCCGCCAAGCUAGGCAACACGGAGGACGGCCCAGUGGCAGGGGGGGCUCUGCCCCCCAAGAGACACAGCAGCAGCCCCCGCAGCGGCACAGUGUCACUCCAACAGGGGAACACUGAUGGACUCAGCACUCUGGCUGUCAGGCUCAGGGAUGCGGAAGGCCGGACCCAGAUGCUUCGCGCAGCACUCAGCAGCACGCAGACAGAGCUGCUGGACCUGCGGUGUAAAUACGACGAGGAGAUGGCGUCCAAGGCCAAGGAAAUUGGUCGGGUCAUGACCAACCUGGAAAAGGCCAAUCAGAGAGCAGAGGCAGCACAGAGGGAGGUAGACAGGCUGCGGGAACAGCUGGCUGGAAUCAGCAGCGCCUCCCCUGCGCAGGGCCGCCUGACGGAGGCGGUAAACACGCCCCCCCUGGAGAACAAGCUAUCAGGCAGCUCUCAGCCCAACCUGGAGACCACGCUGGUCGCCAAGGACCGUGAGAUCCUCCGCCUGCUGGAGAAUGUCCAGCGACUCCAGUUCACGCUUCAGGAAGUCCAGGAGGCCUCAGCCACUCGCAUCGCGGAGCUGGAGCGCCAGCUGGCCUAUAAGGCGCAAGCUAUUGAGAAACUAGAGGCCAGGCUGCAGUCCCAGGUGGAUUAUGAUGAGAUUAAGACUGAGCUCAGCAUCCUGAAGGCGAUAAAACCGGCCUCCGCCAAUGGCAGCUCAUCACAGGCAGCAGAUGGUCUCCUGCUGGAGAAGGAGGCCUUCCUGUCCUCUCAGAAAUACCUCUUGGAGAAGCCACAGGGUGCUUCCAGCAGUGGUCUGCGCACCCUCAGCGAUGAGGACUCUUUGGAGGCCAGUCAGUCCAUGGGGUCGGACUCUCCCCCCCAGCGGCUGUCGCGAGUGGAGAGCCAGUGCUCAUCGAGUCCUGGGGGGCCGGGCUCUGUGGGUCCGGAGCUGCCGCAGCCCUUUUCUACCUCCCCCUUCCCCAGCGAGCCCCUCCUGCAGAGGCAGCUCCUCUCACCGCACUUCAAGCGGGACCCUGGCGCCCUGCCGGUGUUCCCCACGGCCCUGUACACAGCCAAGGUGGCGCUCCUAUCUGCCAGACAGGGCCCACCAUCGGGGGGCGGGGAGGCCGGUGGGGCCAGCGACCAGUCGGAGAGCAGCAGCUGCAGCGCCGGGGACGAGGAGCAGCUGGACACGGUGGAGAUCGCCUACCAGGUGAAGGAGCAGCUGCUGAAGCACAACAUCGGCCAGCGUGUGUUCGGUCACUACGUGCUGGGCCUGUCGCAGGGCUCCGUCAGCGAGAUCCUGGCUCGGCCCAAGCCCUGGCGCAAGCUCACCGUCAAGGGCAAGGAGCCCUUCAUCAAGAUGAAGCAGUUCCUGUCCGAUGAGCAAAACAUCCUGGCCCUAAGGACCAUCCAGGUCCGUCAGCGCGGAAGCAUAACUCCACGCAUCCGAACUCCAGAAACUGGGUCAGAUGACGCUAUUAAGAGCAUCUUGGAGCAGGCCAAGAAGGAGAUCCAGUCCCAGAGAGGAGCAGGUGAAGGCAGGCCUUCCCCGAGCAGCUCGUCCUCCAGGACCUGCGACGGCAGCGGCUCAGAUGCCACCAUCAGGGUCAUCCUGGAACAGGCGCGGCGAGAGAUGCGGGCGCAGCAGCAGGCGCUGAUGGAGAUGGAGGCGAGCGAACACGGCAAGGCUGACGUGGGCGGGGUCCAGGCCGAACGCCCCCCCCUCAUCACCCCGCCGCUGGGGCCGCCGCCACCUGCCUUCAUCAAGCAGGAGGACGGGGGCACUGAGCCUGUAAGUGCAGCCGGGCCCCCGCUGAGCCUGCUGUCCCCCGCCGCCUUCGUGCAGAAUAUCAUCCGCAAGGUGAAGUCCGAGAUCGGCGACGCCAGUACCUACUUUGAGCAGCACUGGUCGGCUGAGCGGGGUGGACCCUCGGGGCCGGUGCCGGGCGGGGACAGACACCCACGGCUGCUCGGCUCUGCCUCCUCCCCUGGCCGCUCCCCGCCGUCCUUAGCACCCUCUACUCCAUCCCGCCCCUGGCCCCGCCCAGCAAGCACCGAGGGGCAGGCGGUCAGCGAGGACGGGGCGGGCCAGCCGGUGGAAGUGAAGGUGGAGGCGAAGUCGGAGGCGGAGACCUCAUGCGGGGGGGAGGCAGCGGCGGCUGGCCGGCUCUCCUACUACCCGCCGUACGUACCCCGCGCCCUCAAGCCCACGGUGCCUCCGCUCACGCCCGAGCAGUAUGAGACGUACAUGUACCGUGAGGUGGACACCAUCGAGCUCACCCGGCAGGUCAAGGAGAAGCUGGCCAAGAACGGCAUCUGCCAGCGGAUCUUCGGGGAGAAGGUGCUGGGCCUGUCCCAGGGCAGUGUGAGCGACAUGCUGUCCCGCCCAAAGCCCUGGAGUAAGCUGACCCAGAAGGGCAGGGAACCGUUCAUCCGCAUGCAGCUCUGGCUGCUGGAGCAGCUUGGCCAGACGCAGAACCCGGCAUGCAGCAAGGGAGCCUCGCUGGAGAGGAGCCCCCUGCCAGCCCAGUCCUCGCCCUCCCCACCCCCGAGCCCAAUGGAGAGCCAGCCCAGCCCACAGGGGGAGCCGGAGAGUCCGCGCCUGGACGGGACUAAGGAGAACCAGCAGCCCGGAGCCCUCAGCCCGGAGCCGGACCUGCUGGUGGCGACGGCGUCACCCGGCCUGGCUCCCCUGCACCCCCAGCACGCCUCGCUGGGCAUCCAGGAGCUGGUGGCCAUGUCCCCUGAGCUAGACACCUACUGCAUCACCAAGAAGGUUAAGGAAGUGCUCACAGACAACAAUCUGGGGCAGCGCCUCUUUGGCGAGAGCGUCCUGGGCCUGACGCAGGGCUCCGUGUCGGACCUCCUGUCCCGGCCCAAACCCUGGCACAAGCUGAGUCUGAAGGGCCGUGAACCCUUUGUGCGUAUGCAGCUGUGGCUGAGCGACCCGCACAGCGUGACCCGGCUGCGGGACAUGAAGAAGGUGGAGAAGAAAGCCUACCUGAAGCGGCGGUACGGCCUGCUGAGCAGCGCCGGAUCAGACAGCGACUCUGCGGGGGCGCGGUCUGACUGCGCCAGCCCCACCCCCUCUGGCGAGCCCUGCCCAUUCAGCCAGCCCAAGAAGCCUCGAGUGGUGCUGGCAGCCGGGGAGAAGGAGGCUCUGAGGAGGUCCUACCUGCUGGAGCCGUACCCCUCACAGCACACCAUUGAUGCACUGGCUGCCCAGCUGAACCUCAAGACCAACACCGUCAUCAACUGGUUUCAUAACUACAGGUCCCGGAUGCGACGCGAGGUCCUAAGAGAUGGUCUCCAGGACAACGACAUGGAGGUGGAGCCUGCCCGUUAUGCCACACCCCCUCUGCAGAGCCCUGCCUCAGAUGUGGAGGCCGGGAAUCAGCAAACAGCCCCGGCUGAGCACAUUGUGGCAAGACACAGCCACCUGCCUAAUGGUACCCAGCAGCCCGCUGGCGUCAAGCAGGAGGCCCCUGAGAUGAAGAAUGAGGAUGAUGAGGAUGAAGAGGAAGAGUGUACAGCAAAGCGGAGGUCCAGGAAGCAUCAGCAUCCAAGCACCGAGGCGAUGCUGGAAAAGGUGCCACUAUACAUGCGCUGGUGUGCCGCAGGCCUCAGGGACGAUGGGACCCCCACCUCAGGCACCCCGCCCCCCGGGGGCCUUCAGAGGGUCGCCCGGCAGGAGGGCGAGGACAGCGACACACCCACCGUCGACCCGGUCAGCUUCAGAGGCUCCUCAGAACCCGCCCGUAGCAGCCUGGUGGUGUCGCUGAACUCGCCCUCCGCUGCCUCCUCGCCGGGCCUCAUGCUGUCCGUGUCCCCCGUCCCCUCAUGCUCCGCACCAAUUUCCCCAUCCCCCCCCAACCCCGUCGGGCCAAGCCCCAGCCCCUCAGCCCCCUCGCAGAAUGCCAAGCUCAACCAGAGCACGCAGAGGCGCAAUGAGAAGAUGGCUAACCUAGACAACAUCAUUCACCGGCUGGAGCGGGCCGCCAACCGUGAGGAGAUGCUGGAGUGGGAGUUCUGAUGCACAGCCUCGACGCGGGAGUCACAAGCCAUGAUGGAGAUGCAGGACUCCGGAAGGAACUGUGCAAGGAGGGGCGGGGUGGGUGAGCUGCUGCAGUACCUCUCCCUGCCAGAUGGGGGUGCGUAGCUCCUCUCAUCAAAGUGCUGCCUCCCACUCCAGCCAGACCCCCCCCACCCCCGAAACACUUUGGGGAAGGAGAAGCUGUCUAACAGCUGCCCAACACUCAGAAACUCCUCAAAAGAAAUUUUUACGGAAGGAAAGAAGAAUUUAUAAACGUUUUAUGUAUUUUGAUAAAGGACAUUACUUCAAAAUGUACUGUAUUUAACAGCCCUAGCUGUUGCAUUUUAAAUAACAGGAAACAAAAAACAAACUCGGGAUGAGAAGAGUUUGUAGCUGCGGUGUCAUUAAAUGCCCCUUUGUUCUCUAGUUUGCCACUGGGUGAGAUUAACUAAAGACUUUGUCUUAAGCCAUCAGAAAGCACUAUAAUUAUUUAAAAAGACACUGACCAAAUUUGCUACUUUUUGCAAAAGCAAUUUUUUCAGAGUUUUGUUUUUGUCUUUAAGACGUAACGUAAAAUACGAAACGGUUACAGGUGAAAUCAUAAUAAAUAUGACUGCGGAAUAGUCCUCAAAGACUCUAAAUAGCUAACCUGAGUAAUGUAUGUAGUUUCCUGCUGAAAUGUUUUGGAGCCUCUGUAAUAAGAGAAGCGUGUUAUGUGUGGUUGUACCUGUCGUAGAGACGUCUGCAGUAGCUUCCUCUCCUCCUCUGCUCACAGCAUAGCAUGAUACCCAGAGGAUCCACCC